AAGCCGCGACUUCAUCUUACGUGCACUUACGAAACCCACAACCAACAUACUUGGAAGCAAACUAACCCCAUGGAUUUCUAUGAACAAGACGUGGGUAUCUUUGGAGAAGGAGGAGGUGGCGACUCUUCGGCUUCUUCAUCCUCAUCAGCCUCCUCAUCUCGAUCGUCCUCAUCGUCAGCUUCUUCCUCAUCGAACGGCAGUGACGGGAGACAGUCCAGCAGUGGCAGUGGAAGCACUAGAAGUGGAGAAGAAGUAUACAACCUUUCUAAAAUUAACAACAGCAACAACAAUUAUUAUUACGAUAAUAACGAUAAUGAUAGAGGGUUUUAUGGCGGCUAUGAAGAAGAUGAUGAUAAAGAUCCAUUUGGUUCUGAUAAUGAAGAUUACUGUAAAACCCUUACCACCAGUCCUUUCCCUACACCCAGUCCGCAGGAGCUUACUUUGUCUUGAGCCUAUUUGGAUGGGAGAAUGUCCAAAAGUGUUGUCAAGAGAAGGUGUUCCCACCAGCCUAAUUGAACUUUACCUCUAUGGAGAUCUCAGGCUCCAUAAGCCAAAGAGUGGGAGUUGCAGGCCUGCAGACAUCUCUGUAUUGCUUUUUAUACGCCAGAGCAACAAUCUGGGUGGUAGAGGGGGGUUUGGAUGUGGUCGUUGGCAAAAUGAUAGGGGACCAGGCCUUCUUCCCCAUCCAUGACCAUAUCCUCAAAGGCAGGGUUAUGGCUAUGGCUCAAAAUUUUCAAGUGGUCGUCAUGAUGAACGGUUUGUUUCAGAAUUUAAGCUUACUAGGAGUGAAGAAACAUUAUCAAGGAAAGUUAUAGCCUUAGAAGAGGUAAUUGAAGCACUCAUGCCUUUUUUCUUUCACCGAGGAUCUGUCAGGUAUUUUCAAGGUUGAUCUGCCAGUAGCAUAAAUUAUCCUUCUCAAAGUGUUGUGUCUCACCAAAUGAUUGCACAAUAACACUUUAUUGAUUGCAGGAUAACCUUUCCUUGUAUCUGUAAAAUUCUAUUUUAGAAGAGAAACAAGAAAGUUAAGUGGUGCAAGCUCUGCCAUCUAAUGUUGCUUAAAUAUCAAGCACAUAGUUUUAUUGUUACCAAAAAGAUGUAAAUUAACUAGAAAACUAUCAAACUGUGCUGCGAAUUCUAUUAAAGCAAAGAGUCAACGUUGUUAACA